AUGAGCGUCGCGGCAGCCCCGCUGCCUGCGGCGGUUAGUACAGAACAUGCUGUGAGUCAUGCAGAUGACGAGCUUGUAACACAAGUAUGUCAUCUCUACUACCAGUCCAGUUUCUAUACACAGAUUCAAGAGUCCGUGUUGUUGGUUGUGAAUCCGUUUCGUCCGCCGAUCGACGUGAACAGUGAUGAACUGCUACGGGCGUACCAACGCGAGUUUCGAGAUACGCGACUCAUGGCAACAGGGAGCCCCUUGCAGCCUCAUAUUUUCCGUACGGCGUGCAAUGCGUAUUUCUAUAUGCAGCGCACCGGGCAGGAUCAAUGCCUCUUCUUUCUUGGAGAGACGGCCAGUGGGAAGAGUGAGACUCGGCGAUUGGCGCUUCGGGCGCUUACCAACUUGGGUGUAGCAUUGCCUGGAAAACGCGGAGCCCGCCUGGCCGCACAGUUGCCAGCCGCGCUUUAUGCGCUUGAAUGUCUCGGUCAUGCAGCGACCGAGGAAAACAUCAAUGCCUCCAGUAUGGCGUUGUAUACCGAGCUGCAAUUCAGCGAGCAUGGCCGCCUGGUGGGUUUCAAAAUGCUGAACUAUUUCUUGGAACGUUCGCGUGUGUCGUUACUGCGGAACUCUGGCGCGCCAUUCCAUAUCUUUGGCAUGCUCAUGGCCGGCGCUUCGCCAGAAGGCCGCCAGCGAUGGCGUUUGGACGAUGCGCCUAUGCGCCUUCUGGGCCAUGGCCGUGAUCAUCCGUCGUCUGACAUGCGUCGUGCAGCCGACUUUACGCGAUGGACGGAUGCGUUGGCGUUGCUAGGCCUCACGCCCGUACAACGAAAUUCGAUCUUGGAUGUGUUUGCGGCCAUGCUGCAUCUUGGCAACCUGGAGUUUGUCGAGGAGGAUGGUCCGCAUUCGGCGGCGCGUGUCACGGCGGAGGAGUCGCUGUAUGUGGCCGCGUCGUUGCUGGGUGUAGGUGCCUCGGCGCUUGCGAAUGCCAUGACGCAUCAGACGUCGAGUGUGCAUGGCAGUCGAUAUACGGCGAUGCUCAGUGCCGAGUUUGCCGCACGCAAUCGCGAUAAGCUGCUUCGCAUGCUUUAUGCGCUCGUAUUUGCCUGGCUCAACGAGCACAUCAAUACGUGCUUUUCGCACGAGAAUUACGAUACCUAUGUGAGUUUGCUGGAUGUGCCGGGUUGGCGGAAUCGGCUGCACAACCAUUUGGAUGUGUUUGCAGUGAACUUUUUGUCAGAUACAGUGCACAGACACAUGACGCGGGUCAUGCUGGAACGCCGUAUUGACGAGAUGGAGCAUGAAGGACUCUCCCAUUUGGCGCCGCUGCCUGUGGCUGCGGACGAGUCGGAGCGCAUGCGGUUGUGCACGCACUUCCCUGGUGGCCUCAUCCACAUUAUGGACGACCAAACGCGACGUCGACCACGCAAGAAUUCGCAGACGAUGGUGGAAGCGAUGCAGCGACGAUGGGUCAACCAUGCUGCAUUCCAUACCGAGAGUCUGGAUGGGGCGGGUUCGCGUGCCUUCACAGUGACGCACUUCCACGGCGGCGUGGCGUACGAUCCGCACGGCUGGCUGGAGUACAAUGACGAGGCAUUUACCCUCGAGCACGUCUCGCUGCUGCGUGGUUCGUACGGCGCGGCAGAUGGGACUAGUGGCUUUGGCUCGUCCAGUGCUUUUGUGCGUGGCCUCUUCCGCCAUGCCCCCGACCUGCCGCACGCGACGCAGGCCGAGCUGCGGCCGGCGCGUCUGCCCAGCAUUCGCCGCGUGACGCGGCAAAAGACGUUGCGCGCUGCGAAUUCACGUGAUCCGAACGACGACGACGUGUAUGGCGGCGCGCUGCAAGAGCAGGCACCGGCCGCAAAGAAUGUUGCGCCGUGUGUGCUGGGCGAACUACGUACGUCGCUGGGCACGUUACUGGAUGUGGUCGACGAGGCGAAGGCAUGGUUCGUGCUGUGUGUGCGGCCCAAUGGGAAUGCGCUGCCGAAUCAGUGUGAGCCACGUAUGGUGCGUCGCCAGAUGCGGGCGAUGGGCGUUGCGCGAUGGCGUGCAGGGCAUACGAGUGACUACAGUGUGACGCUGACCUAUACGGAAUUUUGUGAUCGAUACGGCACGCUAGACCAGUUUGAAUCGAUGCAGAUGCUAGGCGCGCCUGCGUCGGAAGCCAAGAUGCGGGUAAGCGAUGCGUGUGCGUUGAUGAACUGGAGCGAUAAGCAUGUCGCGAUGGGGAUGCACAAAGUGUUCUUGUCUCAUACUGUGUUCCGUGAGCUGGAAGAUGCGCUACGAGCGCGUGAUCCUGACGAGAUGCAGUACCUGUUGCGCAAGGCGGCGGCUGACGAUGAAGCGGCUGCGCUGGGCUUGCACGAUGCCUACUCGCCAUACUAUGGGCAGGAGAUGGCGAGCGAUGUGCCGUGGGCUGGCGAAGGUGCGCAGGCGUCAAGGACGCCCGUCGAGAAGGAGACGGCGUCGCUGCAAGGUACGCCGCACUUUACGUACGAAGGCGAGUACGACGAGAGCGAGGUGGAUAGCUUGCUGCGUGGCGCCGACUCGCAAGUGCUCCUGGACGAUGCGCUGGAUAGCGGGCCUGGCGAGGCGGCGCCGUCGCAUGGCCCACGCGUCGCAGAACAACUGCGUAUUUCGAGCGAGCGACGGCACUGGGUGAUCUUCACGUGGCUCCUGACGUUUUGGAUGCCGUCGUUUAUCCUGGCGCGUUUCCGGCGGUACAAGCGGUCGGAUGUGCGUAUGGCGUGGCGCGAGAAGUUGGCGAUCAACAUGGUGAUUUGGUUCAUUUGUUUGUGCUCGAUCUUUGUGAUUGUGUUUUUAGGCGACGUGGUAUGUCCACGCCAGCACGUGUACAGCACGGAUGAGCUCGCUGCGCACAAAGGCACUGAUGCGUUUACGGCGAUCCGUGGCGAGGUAUUCAACCUGAACGGGAUCAUUGGCGCGCACAUUGCUACGAUCCCUGUGGUCACACGCAAGUCGCUGAUGCAGUACGCUGGCACCGACGCCACGUCGAUCUUCCCUGUGCAAGUCAAUGCGCUGUGCAAUGGCCCGAACGGCCCGAUUUCGCCGUGGGUCACGCUGGACAAUGCGAACAGCACGGAUCCCAAUGCCAAGUACCACGAUUUCCGUGCGUACCAAACGAACGACGUUCGGCCUGACUGGUACUAUGAGCAGAUGUGGUACAUGCGCGACAUGUACCGCACGGGCUUUGUGGGGUACAAGCCGAACGAGAUCGAUGAUAUGCUCAAGGAUGGACGUACCAUUGGCGUGUACAACAAGUACGUGUACGACCUCACCUCCUACGUCGCCCAGGGGAACCAGGGCGGCUUCAAAAUGCCGCCGGGCGUGGCGCCGCCGCCAGACUUGGAUCGCACGAUUCUCUCGCCGAACAUUGUGCAGCUGAUGAUGCAGAACCCUGGCAAGGAUGUGCACAAGCAGCUAGAUACGCUGCCGUUGCCGCCGGAUUUGCUGAACGACCAACGCACAUGCCUGCGCAACUUGUUCUUUAUCGGAGUCGUGGAUGAACGUACCUCGGCGCGAUGUACGUUCUCCUCCUACAUCUUGCUGGCCAUCUCGCUGGUCAUGGUCGCGACGAUUGGCUUCAAGUUCUUUGCAGCGCUGCAGUUUACCAAGCGCUCACCGCCAGAAGAGCACGACAAGUUUGUCAUUUGCCAGGUGCCGUGUUACACCGAGGACACGGAUUCGAUGCGCAAGACGAUCGAUUCCAUCGCACGUCUCCGGUACGAUGAUCGUCGGAAGCUCAUUGUGGUGAUUUGCGACGGCAACAUUGUCGGCGCGGGCAACGAUGCGCCUACGCCGGAGCUCGUCCUGGAGCUGCUGGGCGCCGAUACGGAGGCGCAUGUGGAGCCACGCAGCUUCCUCUCGUUGGGCGAGGGCACGAAGCAGCACAAUAUGGCAAAAGUGUACAGUGGACUGUACGAGCAUGCUGGCCACCUGGUGCCGUACCUGGUCAUCGCCAAGUGCGGUCGGCCUGAGGAGCAUGCGCGCCCCGGCAAUCGUGGCAAGCGCGACUCGCAGCUGAUCCUCAUGCGAUUCCUCAACAAGGUGCACUUUGGCUCGCCGAUGAGUCCGUUGGAAUUGGAAAUGUACCACCACAUCAAGAACAUUAUCGGUGUGAACCCGACGUUCUACGAGUACUUGCUGCAGGUCGAUGCCGAUACGGAGGUCGAGCCUGCGGCGCUGGGCCGUAUGAUUGCAGCGUUCGUGCGUGACAAGAAAGUGAUUGGCAUGUGUGGUGAGACGGCGCUGGCCAACGAGCAGCAGAGCAUCAUGACGAUGCUGCAGGUGUACGAGUACUACAUCUCGCACUACAUGGUCAAGGCGUUUGAGAGCUUGUUUGGCUCGAUUACGUGUUUGCCAGGCUGUUUCUCCAUGUUCCGUUUGCGUGCGCCCGACACGCAUCGGCCGCUGUUCGUGUCGAAUGCGGUGGUCGACGACUACUCGGAGAACCGCGUAGACACGCUGCAUUUGAAGAAUCUGCUGUACCUGGGUGAGGAUCGUUACCUCACGACGCUGGUGCUCAAGCAUUUCCCCGACUACAAGACACAGUUCAUCCAUCAGGCCAAGUGCUGGACAACCGCGCCAGAUAGCUGGAAAGUGCUGCUUUCGCAGCGCCGUCGCUGGAUCAACUCGACCGUGCACAACUUGGUCGAGCUGCUCAAGACGCCGCAGCUGUGUGGUUUCUGCUUGUUCUCGAUGCGGUUCAUUGUGAUGAUCGAUCUUCUCUCCACGAUCAUUGCGCCAGUGACCAUUGGCUACCUGGUCUACCUUGUGAUUGUCGUCGCGGUGGACGGCGGAACGAUCCCGCUCACGUCGAUCGUUCUGCUGUGUGCGAUUUACGGCCUGCAAGCGAUCAUCUUUAUCCUGCACCGCCGCUUCGAUAUGAUCGGAUGGAUGGUGGUGUACAUUUGCGGCCUGCCUCUCUGGGCCCUUAUUCUCCCGCUCUACUCGUUCUGGCACAUGGACGACUUUUCGUGGGGCAAUACACGUAUUGUCACAGGCGAGCAUGGCGAGAAACUAUUGGUCCACAAUGAAGGCCACUUUGAUCCCAGUGAGAUUCCGCACAUGACAUGGGAAGCCUACGAAAAUCAGCUGUGGGAGCACCGAUCCCAGCAGACCGACGUACCGCUCAGGCUUCGUCGGCCGCCCAGUUUCUUGUCGGAAGACGACGCAGCCUCAAUGCUCUCCUCGGCCAUGCAUGCCAAGGCGUACCAAGAAACGCCGUGGGCCGACGACGCCUCGUUGAUGCCGAUGCAGGAUCGGUCCAGCUGGCUGGGCGAGUCUGCGCCGGAGAAGGACGCGAUGGGCGCCUGGGGCCGUCCUGCGCAGGCUUACCAGGAAGCCGACCUGCUAGGCGAACCUAUGGCGCCGACGCACACUGUGACAGAAGGCCGCCCGCCGCAUGGCCGUCUCCCGCCGAACGAAAUAAUUAGGUUGGACAUUCGACGCCUGCUCGCAGAGAGCGACUUGACCACCGUGACCAAGCGCCAAAUGCGCGCUCGGCUCCAAGACUUGUACGGGUGCUCGAUUGAGGAGAAAAAAUCGUACAUCAACGCCCAAAUUGAGACAGCGCUGCGUGAGAUGUAA